UGUGAGCAAAGAAGACAGUUUUGUUUUCAGUGGUUAAGUGUUUGCGUGUGAGGAUUGCCUGGUUCCUCUUUGUUGGUUUCAAUAAAAGAAAAAACUUUGAAGAAGUUUGAUCCUUUGAGUUUUUAACUUUAAGUUGCAUAAGAGAAGUGAUACUGCAUUUAGAGGGUGUGUAUAGCUUGUAUAUACACCAUUUGACAAAUAUUUGCAUUUCUUAGCCAGGAAGACUGCCAUAAUAGUAAGAUUAACCAUGAAUGGUGAUUUAUUCAGAGACACAUUGUCCUUGAUGGAAGGCACAAGUCACACCAUCGGUUACCGUGUUCGUCUUCGUAUGCAACACAUUCUGAAAGAUGUGGCUGAACUGGCUUACCAAAGGCCACAGUUUUUUGCAGAUGUUCCCCCUCCACCAUUACUGGUUGGCAAAGAUGGUCCACCGCCAAUGCCACCAAUGCCUCCCGGCCCUCCACCAUGUACAACUAUGGCCAGCCCUGUUCCCUCAACCAGUCAAGGACCACCAAAUAUGGCCAUGGGUGGCAUGAUGGCACCUCCUCCACCUCCAGGGACUACAGGCCCCCCUGGUCCACCACCACCACCUCCAGGUGGACCCAUCAUGCCAGCUGAAUAUCCAAAUGGAGGGAUGAUGGGUCCAGGUCCAAUGGGAAUGGGUCCUGGCAUGGGGCCAGGAAUGGGACCAGGAAUGAUGGGACCCAUGCAGGUGACAGUCAACCCAGCCACGAACGAUGCACCUUUGGAAUUCAACACCAACAAAAACAAACCACCCAUGCCCGUGGCUGCCAAUAAUGGUGAAAUUGUAGAUAAUAAUAUCCAGGAAGCAAUCGUUGUGGAGGAGCGAAGAGAUAGAGAGAGGGAGAGGGAGCGAGACCGUGAGAGAGACCACGGGAGAGAUCGAGAUAGAGAUCGUGAGCGCUCUCGUGGCAGAGACAGAGACAGAGAUCGGGACCGUGAUCGUGAACGUGAGAGGGACUGUGAUAGAGAGCGUGACCGAGACCGGGAAAGACAAGAUCGAGAUAGAGAGCGUGACCGCCGGCGUGAUCGUCCUCGCAAAGAUGGUGGUGGUAAUGACCGCAGUAGUAUUGAGAGUAUACCUGCUGGAAAUGGUAAUGUACAAAUACAGCCCAUGGACGGCACCAACCCACCAGGCUCGGGUUUUGGUCCCAUGGGUCCAGGACCUGGUCCAUGGGGGCCUAUGUGGGGUCCUCCUGGAGGACCUAUGGGUCCAUUGGGGCCUAUGGGACCAAUGGGAGGGCCUAUGGGACCAAUGGGAGGGCCAAUGGGACCUAUGGGUCCUAUGGGGCCAAUGGGACCUAUGGGACCACCUGGUGAAGGUCCACCAAUGAGUGGCGAUUUCCGUAUUACAUGGGGCAUGUUUGGCUGGAUGAUGUCUCCUGAAGGCCUGACAGUUCCCAUGAAAAACCCUUUACAUUGCAAAACUUGUGUCCUAGUACCACCAAACCGCCUUGCCCCACCACCAACUACACGAGAACGACCUCUUGGCUGCAGAACUAUCUUUGUUGGUGGCCUUCCUGAAAAUGUUACAGAGGAGAUCGUCAGAGACGUCUUCGAGCGCUGUGGGGAGAUAACGACAAUUCGCCUGAGCAAAAAGAAUUUCUGCCACAUACGAUAUGAGCUCGAAGAAUUUGUUGACAAUGCCAUUUUUCUGUCAGGGUACAGAAUGCGCAUUAAUAACAGCACAGAGGCAGCCAACACUGGUAGACUACAUGUAGACUAUGCCCAAGCCAGGGAUGAUCAGUACGAGUGGGAAUGUCGGCAACGGCAGCUACAACGAGAGCAACGACAUCGUGAACGUAUUGAAGCAGAAAGGUUGCGUCCACCGUCCCCUCCCCCAGUAGUCCACUACUCAGAGCAUGAAGCCACUCUUAUUGCUGAACAGCUAAAGGGUGAUGAUAGCUUCUCAAAGGCAGCCCAAAUUCUCAUCACUUGGCUGGAGCGUGGUGAUUGCAACAAGCGCAACUCUGGCACUUUCUAUGGUAUGAUUCAGUCAACCAACUCCCAUGUACGGCGCCUGAUGACAGAAAAGGGCCAGUAUGAAGAAGAAUUGGCAAAGUUCCGAGAGCAGACGCGAGCACGCAUGCAAGGCGUUUUUAUGCAGUUCGGUCAGAUCGAGCGUGUCUUCCUGUCAGCCGGUCACCAGAAGGUCUGGGACCACUUCACCAAGGCCCAGAGGCGCAACAUUGAGAUGUGGAAGAAGCAGGCCGAGGAAAUCAAGGAAAUUCAGCUGGAUGAAUCGGACAAAGAAGAUGCAGAAGAAAUGGAUGUCUCGGAUGAAGAGGAUGCGGGCCAGCCUGCCAGGAAGAAGAUUCGGCAGAAUGAAUACCUGAAGGAGGAAAAUGACAGUUUAAGGUGUCAGAUGGAAGCUUAUAAAAAUGAGGUCGAUCUUAUCAAAGCAGAUCUGAAGACUGAAGUGGCAAUGAGAGAUGAUCAAAUUGAAGCAUUUAAGAAAACAUUACAAGGAAUGCAGCAGACACUUUCUGAAAAUGCCGUCCGCAAGCGUCAGGAUGAUGCUAAAAUGGCUGAACUGCAAGCAAAGUUGAAGAAACUGAGAGAACAGGCUGGGGGAAAUGGGGAAGGAGAGGAAGACUGCAAGGAUGAAACAGAGGACUUACUGUCUAUAUCAACAGCUCCCCUUACUGACAAGACAGCACAGCUUAUUGGUCUCACUUCAACUUUCCUACACAUACAUCCAAAGGGAGCAAGUGUUGAUUACAUUUGGUCGUUCAUCCAACAGUUUGACAAGGAAAUUCCUUCAGAUAUUGAGGCAAUGCUGAAUCAGUACCCAACAGUAUAUAAGCAGAUUACUACAGGGGUUGGUGCCUGCUUGGAGCGCAAGUGGAUCUUCACAGUCGGUCAGAUCGAGUGUGUCUUCCUAGUCAGCCGGUCAAUAGAAGGUCUGGGACCAACUUCACCAAAGGCCCCAGAGGCGACAAACAUUGAGAUGUGGAAGAAGGCAGGCCGAGCAGGCUGUGAUAUCAUUCCCCUGCAGGACGACGCGGUGUGUCCAGUUAACCCAUUCCCUGAAGAUCUAUAG